GUCAGGGGCCGGGUUCCGGUUCCGGGUCGCGCAGCCUGUCAUGGCGGCGCCCGGGGGGCCGGAGGUGGCGGCGGCGGCGGCGGCCCCUGGGAGGAGGCAGCCGUUCGGGAGCCGCUUCCUGACCGACCCGAGCCGACUCUUCCAGCACAACGCCUGGGAUAAUGUUGAAUGGUCUGAAGAGCAGGAAGCCAGUGCAAGGAACAAAGUUCAAGAGAACAGCAGGCAGCUUGUUCCACAAGACAAACAAGAUGAAUAUGAGCUCAAUGCUAAUGAAUACUGGAAUGAUUUCUAUAAAAUCCAUGAAAAUGGCUUCUUCAAGGACAGACACUGGCUGUUCACUGAAUUUCCUGAACUGGCACCAAACCAGAACCUAAGUCAACCUGAGGCGUCUGAAUACAAAGAUGGUAGCACCAGAAAACCCAGAGACACCAGGCUGGGGAGCUGUGAAAAUGGUCUUUGUUCAUUGGAAACCAGAACACAAGAGCAUCAUCAUUUGGACUUGAUGAAAGACAGUAAUAAUAUCAUCAACAGACUCGACACAGAUGGAGAAGCAGUACUGAAGUUGGGUGACCUGAAACUAAGUGAUGGUGACUUCCCAGGAUCCUCUGCCACUUACCGUAUACUAGAGGUUGGCUGUGGUGCUGGAAAUACGGUCUUCCCAAUUUUGCAAACCAACAAUGAUCCGGGGCUCUUUGUUUAUUGCUGUGAUUUUUCCAACACAGCUGUGGAUCUUGUCCAGACCAAUGCAGAGUAUGACUCUUCUCGCUGUUUUGCCUUCGUUCAUGACCUGUGCAAGGACCAAAGCCCAUACCCAAUGCCAGAGGAGAGUCUUGACAUCAUUAUUCUCAUCUUUGUCCUAUCAGCUCUUCUCCCAGAAAAGAUGCAGUACGUCAUUAACAGACUGAGCCGGCUUCUGAAACCAGGAGGAAUGAUUCUGUUACGAGAUUAUGGUCGUUAUGACCUGGCGCAGCUUCGGUUUAAGAAAGGUCGGUGUCUGUCUGAUAACUUCUACGUGAGAGGCGAUGGGACCAGAGUUUACUUCUUUACACAAGAUGAAUUGGAUGCUCUUUUCACCACGGCUGGGUUGGAAAAAGUCCAGAAUCUGGUCGAUCGGCGCCUACAGGUGAACCGAGGGAAGCAAGUGACGAUGCAUCGAGUGUGGAUCCAGUGUAAAUACCGCAAGCCCUUCCCUGCAGGACAGAAGGAGAAUGGGCACGUUCAUUAGCAAGGCGCGUCUAUCAUGUGUGCUGUAUUUGGACUUGCUGGGACUCUCCUCCUGUGCAGCGUGUGGCACUGAGCAGACCUGCCAUGUCAUGCUGAAUUCUGGCGCCUCCUGCAAUGACCGGACUAGUCGUAAGUUCACACGCUUUGUGUGCAAGGUGGAGCUUUGCUCAGGACGACUCCACGACAAUAUCUAGAUACUAGUCUUUGUUUUUAAAAUUAAGGGCGACUAACAAUUUAUCUAAGAAAUGGGCACUCGCUGUCUCUUGUUGAGCCUGAGCAAAAUGAGUAACGAGUCCUCUGUCUUCCGAGUGUCUGCAUGAAAAGGAACAGAAGUUUGGACCUUAUCUUCAGGUUUUGCGGUUUGCAGAGCAGUGGGGUUCAUUUCAGCCAUCUCAGAUCCUCCUGCCCCAUCACCUUUUUGUCACUCGCUGCUCUGGGUAUUGAAAUCCAAAUUCACAUGACUUGCAAAUCAGAUACAGAGAGGUUUUAAACAAGUUUUAAAAGUCAAGCUGGCUUGUGAGUGCAGAUUCAUUCCUGGCCUGUGCAAUCUCACAAAGGGAGAAUCACCUUCCAUCCUCCGUAAGGUAAUCAACUGACUCAGUGUGAUGGACGGUGUCUAGUAGUUAACUUACUGGAAGCCUCCCGCAAGGUGCAAAAAUUAUCCUUGUGUUCCACACCUUUGGGAGCCAGUUUUUUUACUCUGGGGAAUCUGUUUUAAAUAGAGCGCGAGGAUACAGUCUGUGUUACAAUUUAUAAAGAACUGAUUUGCGAUAAACUUCGCCAGCCAUGGUUUACACCACUACAUAAGUCUUUCCAAGCAAGCUAGUGUGCUGUACUGCAGCUCAUCUGCGCUGAGGAGAUCCAGGUUCAAGUCAGUCAAGCACGGGGCAAAAAUAGCAUGUUGUGAUAGGUGUCAAAGUAUAGACCAGAACAGACCAUCAUUUCUGCUUGUGGAUUUUCACGUGUAUAGAGUGGAGAAGGUGGGGGAAAUUCCAUCAAGCCUAUGUUUAAUUAUCAGGAUAGGAAGAAGACGACCAGGUUUGUGGGGGGAAAUGGGCUUGGCUAGGUGUGGGAGGGGAGGGACUGAAGGGGAUUUGGGAUGCUGCUGACUUGUGACUCUCCUUCUCUCCAUCUACCUUCCACCACAACCUUCUUUUCCCCUAGUGCCUACCCCUCUCAGGAUCUCUAUGUUGGAGAGAGCCCAGCCUGACACCUUCCUAAUGACUUGUUUUGGCUGACAUUGCUGGGGGGAGAGGGGCCAGGGCUGUGCCUAUGCAAUCUGGUGCACCUCACAUGCUAUUCCAUUCACAGCAGGUAUAUUUUGAUGGUGAGAUGAUCAUGGGCUAAGAGUCCCUACACAGGAAGGAGAUAUCAACUCGUAAGGGGCUGUUUCAUCUCGCUGACAAAGACAUAACAAGAACCUAUGCCUGGAAGGGUGAAAGGGGAAGUAAAGAGAGAAGAAUUUGCUCCUGGUCCCUUAGAAAUCAAUGGGAGCUUUGUCAUUGAGACAGGACUGGGCCCGUUGGCUUGACUGGUGCUGGAAGAGUCCACAGGCAUCGUGGUGACAUCUCCUGCCACCAUUGUCAUGUUUAGGAGCCGGCCCUGUUGAUUCGUGACACUGCCACCACGCAGCCAGCCUGUCCCUCUCCGUAGGGUGAUCUGUUCCAAGGCUGAGUACAGGUGCAAAGGCGACCCAGCAAAUCCCUUGGAGCCUCCCUGUGAGUGCCGUGCAUGCUGGUGCUAUUUUCCUGUUUCAAGUCAGACUCCAAAACAGUUCUUUGCAAAUACCUGAUGAAUGCUUGAGAGAACAGCUGGAAGAAAAGCUCUUGUUAAAGGUGCUACAGUCCUGCUCCUUCAGUUCAGGGUUGAGAGAACUUUCAAACUACAUGGAUGGAGGAGGAAAAGACCAGACUUGAAAAGACCAGACUCAAAAUGCCUACUAUUUCUAAGGCAAAAAACAUAUGGAGAAGGUAUCUUUCCUUCACAGAUAUUUAGGCUUGGCAGGAUUCAAUAUUUAUUUUUUAUGAUUUAGAUGGAUAUUGAUAUUGAAUUUUAUGCAUUUUUAUCAAUUUUCACAGUUGUGGGAAACUAUGGGGGGUAAGACAAUAGCAAUUUAAUGACCGUAGAUGUUGAGAUUCAAAAAGUUAAAGCUUUGUAACUGUUAAAACAGAAAUUAUCAACCUUGCAUAUACCAAGUAAACACCCUUAAGUCAAACCCUAAGUUCUCACGCAGCAUUUU